GAAAUCCCAACUGCCAAAACUUACGGAGGAGUUUGAAUAUUUGAAUGGGAUUGGGUUGAGAAACGCUGUCGCUGAGUCGACAGUUGACACAAAGGGUCAAGAUAGACGGAAAUCUAUACCGUCGCUACAUCGUUUCAGCAAAUAAAUAGAGAGGUGAUAUUUCCCAAAUCCUCAUUCGAUCUUGUUAGAAGAGAUCUACGCAAUUUACAAAGAGGAAGGAGUUGUCUUGUGAGGUUGAGUGGAAUUCUAGUCGGUAUAGAAGGGAAGAGAAAUGGCAAAUGAAGGAGAACAGAGUAAGGUGGCAGAGAGGGAAGAGGAGAGUAGAAAGGUGAAUGUGUUGGUGGCCGUUGAUGAGAGUGAAUGCAGCACCUAUGCCCUCCACUGGGCUCUCGACAAUCUUCGCCACUGCUUUUCGGUUUCGCCCCUUACUAUCUUUACUGCGCAGCCUGCUGCCGAUUACAAUUAUCUAUAUGGGGUUGCCAAUCCAGAGUUGAUUGAUUCAGUCAGGGAAUGGCAACAGAAGGCAGUAUCAGAAAUGUUUGCAAAAGCCAAGGAAAUAUGUGCACGUCGUGGGGUAACUGCAAAGACAAUUACAGCAAACGGUGAUCCUAAAGAAGCUAUAUGUGAAGCAGUUGAAAAGUUCAACAUCGAUUUACUGGUUUUAGGUAACCAUGGCCGGGGAAUUAUUAAGAGGGCCCUUUUGGGGAGUGUUAGCGACUACUGUGUUCAUCAUGCCAAGUGCCCCAUUCUUGUUGUGAGGAAACCAGCUUGAAUUUGAAAGAUGGCUCAUUCGCAUCACCAACUUAAAGAUAUUUUGAAGUGGUUAGUUGUUUGUUGUGGCCAAUAUGGUUGGAGGUUUCUUGUAUUAUACCUGCUCAACCCUCUGGCCUAAAUCAGAUCCGUAGAUGUCAUUGUUAGGAGGGUUCUCUUUUGUCAAAAUAGAUGUACAGUUUGUUUCUCUACCUAAAAAUAAAAUAAAAUUUGAC